CACUGCUCCAACCUUCACCCCCGCCACCUCUCCUCCAUCACCACCACUGCCACCACCACCAUCUUCUCUUUUACUUUCUCUCUGGAGCUGCCACUUCGUAUGCCUCUUCGUGGCAGGCAGAACUCUUGGUUAGUCGGAAGGAGCUGAGGAGUGGAGGGGGGAAUCCUGUGUGAAGCCAUUUUCUUUGAGGAGCCCCUGAAACUGUGGAUGGGAAAAGGAUGCAUUGUGGGCUGCUGGAGGAACCUGAUAUGGAUUCCACAGAAAGCUGGAUUGAAAGAUGUCUAAACGAAAGUGAGAGUAAACGCUACUCCAACCACACAUCCCUCGGGAACAUGUCCAAUGAUGAAAAAAGCUGGAUUGAAAGAUGCCAGAAUGAAAGUGAGAUCAAGCGCUAUUCCAGCCACUCAUCCCUCGGGAACAUGUCCAAUGAUGAAAAUGAAGAGAAAGAAAACAACCGGGCAUCUAAAUCUCAUUCAACUCCUGCAACGUUACAGUGGCUGGAGGAGAACUACGAAAUUGCGGAGGGGGUUUGUAUCCCUCGCAGUGCACUUUACAUGCACUAUCUUGACUUCAGUGAGAAACAUGACACUCAGCCUGUCAAUGCUGCCAGCUUUGGGAAGAUAAUAAGACAGCAGUUUCCUCAGUUAACCACACGACGACUGGGAACCAGGGGCCAAUCAAAGUACCACUACUAUGGCUUAGCAGUAAAGGAGACCUCACAAUACUACGAUGUGAUGUACUCUAUUAAGGGUGCCGCCUGGGUAAACGGAACAGGCAAGAAAGAGGUUACAAAGCAGACUGUGGCGUAUUCACCCCGCUCCAAACUGGGCACUCUGCUGCCGGACUUUCCAAAUGUCAAAGACCUAAAUCUGCCUGCCAAUCUGCCAGAGGAGAAGGUUUCAACAUUUAUCAUGAUGUACAGGACUCACUGCCAGAGAAUACUGGACACGGUAAUCCGUGCCAAUUUUGAUGAGGUCCAAAGCUUCCUGUUGCACUUUUGGCAAGGCAUGCCCCCACACAUGCUGCCUGUGUUAAGUUCAUCUACUGUAGUAAACAUUGUAGGUGUGUGUGAUUCCAUCCUGUACAAAGCCAUCUCAGGAGUUCUGAUGCCUACAGUCCUGCAGGCUCUGCCUGACAGCCUGACUCAAGUGAUCAGGAAAUUUGCUAAGCAGCUGGACGAGUGGCUAAAGGUAGCACUACAUGAUUUACCAGAGAACCUGCGCAAUAUCAAGUUUGAGCUGUCACGAAGAUUCUCUCAAAUACUCAAACGGCAAACAUCCUUAAAUCAUCUUUGUCAGGCCUCCCGGACGGUGAUCCACAGUGCCGACAUCACCUUUCAGAUGCUGGAGGACUGGAGAAAUGUAGAUCUUAACAGCAUCACUAAACAGACACUUUACACGAUGGAGGAAUCACGGGAGGACCAGAGAAGACUAAUUAUCGAAUUGUAUCAGGAGUUUGACCGGUUGCUGGAGGAUCAAUCUCCCAUUGAAGCAUACAUUGAGUGGCUGGACUCUAUGGUGGACAGAUGUGUAGUUAAGGUGGCAGGGAAGAGACCUGGAUCUUUAAAGAAGGUCGCUCAGCAGUUCCUGCUAAUGUGGUCAUGUUUUGGAACGAGAGUGAUCAGGGACAUGACACUGCACAGCGCCCCCAGCUUUGGCUCAUUUCACCUAAUUCACCUGAUGUUUGAUGACUAUGUGCUGUACCUGCUGGAAUCUCUACACUGCCAGGAGAGAGCCAAUGAGCUGAUGAGAGCCAUGAAAGGAGAGGGGACAACAACGGACAGUAGUGAGGACAUAAUGCUGACUGAAAGCACACCCACCUCCAUGCCUCUUGAACCGUACUCUCCUGCUAAGUCUGUGCCCUCAGUAGGAGUACCAGCCACCAGUUCCCCUGCUUCAGUGCAUUCUCCAGAAAACACUAGUGUAUCUGUCACUUCAGGAGCUGUUCAGUCAUAUACCUGGUCCCUUACAUACACAGUGACCAGAUCAGGAGGAAGCCCCCCAGAUGGUGAAUCCCAGUUGUCCUGUAUGCGUAGUAGUGCCCCAGUGCAUCCUGCCACAUCUGCACACAGAAUGCCAGUCUACCCGCACAGAGAUGAGCAUGGUUAUACGGGCAGCUACAACUACAGCAGCUAUGCAAACCAGCAUCAUCCUGCCCUUCAGAGUCAGUACCCAAGUCUACCCCAUGAACCUGGCAUCUCCAACCCCCUGCACUACUCCUCAUACCACCGUUCCUCUGCACAGUACCCACUGAAUAGCCAGAUGUCGCGCAUGGAGCCAUGUCUGAUGGGUGGUUCACCUCGGCUGCACCCAACCCCAGUAACCCCCCGCUGGUCAGAUGUACCCCCAGCCAACAGCUGCUAUUCCAGCCCUCCUAUGCACUCAUCACGUUAUGCCUCAACAGGGGACAUGUAUUCGCCAUUGGCACCACGUAGGAACUCUGAAUAUGAGCAUGCGCAACACUUUCCUGGCUUUGCCUACAUUAAUGGAGAAGCUACGACAGGGUGGGCAAAAUAGCUGCACUUUCAUCCAUCCCAGACCAGCCCUAUGAACUUGUGUGCUUAAAGGUCUCCAUCAAGGCCAAGUAAUAAAAUGAUGGAUCAACAAGGACUGAGAGGGGUUUUAGAAAAUGUUUUAAAUUUGGUCAGAGGGUGUUUACUGUGAACGCUGCCAAAUCAGCUGUUUCUAAAGCAGAAUCAAAUGAGAAAACAGCUGUAGCCCAUUUGUGCCUUUUACUUCUUUUUCUAGUUUUCACAAUGUGAUUCCCCUAUGGGUAUUUUUCAGCCGCUAAUGAAAACAAACUUGGCAUCUGACCUAGUUUUAUUGUGAAAAAACACGUCCCUCAUGUAUCUGUUGAUGCUUGUCUUGUUACCUGACGUAAACACAUCCCUUAUGUGUCUGUUGAUGUAUGUCUUGACGUAGAUUUUCUCCUCAUUAUUUAUCUGUUUAGCUCUUCUGCUGGCUGUGUUUUUAGUACAUGGUGAGCCCUAGAUCUGUUUAAAAGGAACAGAAAGACUAAGACAGUAAAUGAAAUGUUGCUCCUCCUAAAGAAAUUCUGGCCAACUGCCAUAUCAUGGACGUCAUAGGAAGGGAGUUAACUACUGCCAAUAAAUUACAUCUAUUUGUUGGCUUGCCCUUGCUUGCAUAUGUGAAACUGAGAUCUGACGAUUUUACUGGAAGUGGUUUGAGUAGUUUACGUCAGCAGUUUUACUUUGUGGCCUGGUAAUGCUAAACAGUCUGCUGCAGCUUUUGUAACAAGGUCUCUGUUGCAUUGUUUAUAUAUGUUUGUACUGUAAAUUGCAUUUUUAUUAUUAGAGAAAAUGUGUUAACUUAGAUGUGUGUUUUUAAAUGCACUCGAAAGUACAGUGGACCUAUUACCCUAUGGGUAGGAAAAAGAAAAGAAUAUCAAAAUGUAACAUUUAUCUUUAGUCACUUUCUCUUGUAAAUAAAAGCACUCCAUAACUAA